AUGCUACCCCCUGAGCUCGUCCAGCGCGUCGCAGUCUGCAUCGAACGUGGCGACGACUUUGUCUCGUUCCUGCAUGCCAUGUCCAACACGCGACUGACGCUACCAUUGUUGGUCCUCCAGACGCUCGCCAUGACGCGGUCGCCGGACGACGUGUGGCCCGAGCCGAAUCUCGAGGUCCUGCCCUGCCCGCCGCUUGUACCGUACUUGGUCGCGCUUACGUCCCGCGUGCGUUUGGCCGAGUCGCGGCAAUUGCAGUCAUGGAGGCUGCCAUCGCUGCCAUGGGUCUCGCACCCGCUCACAACGCUCUCCGUCACGAUCGAAGGCGCGUGCUCGGCUGCGCGGAUGGCGAUUCUGCCGAGUCUUUGCGCGGUGAUUGCACAGACGCCGUCGCUUCGCACCCUCGACGUCGUCUUUGCCCGGAGAAGCGAUCUCUACCGGCCGUCAGCCACGCAGCUCGUCGAUGCGAUUGCUGCGUCCUGCAUUUUGUCCUUGUCACUGGUCGCGCACGAGUUCUUUAAACUGCCCAGUAACAGCGCGCGUGUCCUCGGCCAGUAUUUGCUUCGAGCCCCGAUGACGCACGUCCGCUUGGUCAAGAUCGCCUUUGUUGCCAACGGCUUGCUCUCGUGGCUAAUCCAGCACCUCUUGAUGUCACCGAGUCUUGUCCAUUUGGCGGUUCUCGACUCGCCCGUCGUCGCGUCGGUUGUGCCACCAGGAAGACUUGGCCGCCAUCUCCAACGCAUCAGCUUGUCAGCCGUGCCUCUCUCCGAUUUGAACGGUCUUACGCAGCGGCUCGCUGAUUCCACGCAUCUAACGUCCCUGUCGCUGCACGUCGACGCAAGCAGCACCAACGUACCAAAUGGCCAGCCCAAUGGUGAUGCGACCGACUACUUGAUCUACAACGUACUGCCCCAGAUGCACCGCCUCGUCGAGCUGUCACUGCGUCAUUGCGUCGUGUCGCCUUUGGCAGUGCACGCACUUGCCCAGGCUGUCCUGCCUCACCUCGACGUCCUGGAGCUUGAUACUAACGGCCUGUACGGUCACGGGUGUUUGGCGUUGGCGUCCUACCUCCCGAACGCACGCCAUCUCUUCAAACUCGCGCUUCGCAACCAAGGCUGCACGGACACCUGCGUCGCAGCGCUGGUCACUGCGCUUCAGCGCAUGCCUGCUCUUACGGCACUCGACUUGUCGGGCAACGCGAUCGGUCCAACUGGCGCUGCAAGGCUUGCGCACAUCGCGCCGCAGCUCACGAAAUGGACCAUGUCGGACAACCCACUGACGCUAGCUGGUGUCGAAGCGCUGCUCUGUGGCUGGUUGCAUCCGAGCAUUCGCAACUGCACCAAAC